UGUGUGCUUUGGAGGCUGGAAUGUAAAAUAUGUCAGUCUUCGCAGCUUCCUGGUCCAGUGCAGUAUGCCACUUUUGUAGCCUGGAGUAUAUCUAGAGAGCAGGAGUCUUCGUGAUUUAACUUCUGGGGAUACGCUUAAUCCAAAUGGAAUGAAGGGUUCUGUUGAUUGCAAUAUCAUGAAGACGUUUUAUGAUGCAACAGUCUGCAUGGGCCUGACUUAGAAUAGCCAGGAUCGGAUGCAAGCCUGCAAUAAAAUCCUGAGCACUUUGCUGAGAGGAUCUGCUAAUCCGUUCUGCAGUCUACUGUUGUUUGCACUUGGUUGAGGCACCUUAUUAGCUUAAGUGGAUAUGUUACUUGAAGAAUGAGAGUUUUAAAUGUCUUUUGAAAAACAGAACUUGUGUAGAAUUGGAAUGCAAGUCUGACACAGGAUGAAUCAUCGGUGAAGAUGCCUUAUUAUGCCGUCUUAAAUAAGUAACUGCUACUAGGAUGCAGGGAAGAAGAAUUGGUGGAUCCAUUAGGAAUUUAACAGGUGAAGCGUAAGAAGCAGUACUUGGGCAGGAUUCUGCCCAUCCUGCUGAGAAGUAAGGGGAACUCCCAGAAGGAAAGUGACUCACUGAACUAUAAAUGCUGUUUCAGUUGUCUUUCUGCAUUCUCCUUUAUGGUGGCGUGGGGUGCCAUGGCCGGCAUGCGACUUAAGGGACUGACAUCCUCCAAGCUUUACCAGCGCCGGCAGGAUCGGUUAAGUGGCACCAGGUUAUUUCUGAGCCACAAGACAGAUACGACGGUUGGAAUGCCUGGUAAUAUGUCGGAUGCCCUUGCAAAUGCAGUGUGUGAUCGCUGCCAGGCUCGCUUCGAUCCUGCAGAGAGGAUUGUGAACAGCAAUGGGGAGCUUUAUCAUGAGAACUGCUUUGUCUGCGCUCAGUGUUUUCGACAGUUCCCAGAUGGACUCUUCUAUGAGUUUGAAGGUCGGAAGUAUUGUGAACAUGAUUUCCAGAUGCUGUUUGCACCUUGCUGCGGGGAAUGUGGUGAGUUCAUUAUCGGACGAGUGAUCAAGGCAAUGAACAAUAACUGGCACCCAGACUGCUUCCGUUGUGAGCUCUGUGAUGUGGCACUUGCUGACCUGGGCUUUGUGAAGAAUGCUGGCAGGCACCUGUGCAGGCCAUGCCAUAAUCGUGAGAAAGCCAAGGGACUAGGCAAGUACAUCUGUCAGAAGUGCCACCUCAUAAUUGAUGAACAGCCUCUGAUGUACAGAAAUGAUUCUUACCAUCCAGAUCACUUCAACUGCACCCACUGUGGGAAGGAGCUGACUGCUGAGGCCAGGGAACUAAAAGGGGAACUCUACUGCCUGCCCUGUCAUGACAAGAUGGGAAUCCCAAUCUGUGGAGCCUGUCGCAGGCCCAUUGAGGGACGUGUAGUCAAUGCUUUGGGAAAGCAAUGGCAUGUUGAGCAUUUUGUUUGUGCCAAGUGCGAGAAGCCAUUCCUGGGGCACCGGCACUAUGAGAAAAAGGGGCUGGCUUACUGCGAGACUCACUACAACCAGCUCUUUGGAGAUGUCUGCUACAACUGCAGCCAUGUGAUUGAGGGGGACGUGGUAUCGGCUCUCAACAAGGCUUGGUGUGUGAACUGCUUCUCCUGCUCCACUUGCAACAUCAAACUCACAUUGAAGAACAAGUUUGUGGAGUUUGACAUGAAGCCUGUGUGCAAGAAGUGCUAUGAGAAAUUUCCCCUGGAGCUGAAGAAACGUCUGAAGAAGCUGUCUGAGCUGGCCUCCAAGAAAUCACAACCCAAAGCUAUGGACUUAAACUCUGCUUAAACGGGUCUGUCAUUCUGCUGCCUGUACUCACAGUGGUCUCAGACUGCAAUGUGCAGCAGCUGUUUAUCACAAAGGAAAGCAUUAAGAAUGACUGACCAAAACAAAUCGGACACACAGUGCCUCCCUCCGCUUUGGUUACUGCCUCUUGUAUUUUGAAUGUCGCUUCACUCAGGCAGUUGCAAAUUAACACUGACAGCAUGGGGAGCCUGGCCUCUGCUGAGAGGCCUGGGCAGUAGUGGAUAUGCCAGGUCACUGCUUUUAAGCUGUACACCAUUGUGUCUGCAGUUUCUCUCUCUCUCCUGUCUCUCUCUCUCUGUUUCUUUCUCUCUCCUGUCUCUAGAAUUGGGUAAGAACAGCGAUUUAAGCAUCAAAUGUAUGGUUUCCCCUGCUCCACUUACAAAUCUGUCUUGCAUGAAGAGCUUCCCACCACUAUGCCCUCAGUUUGAAUGUAGUUACCAGCUCCAGCAAAAGCAGCAUGUGGGCUGUAGCCUAUAUACCUGAAUGAGAUAGCUAGAUAGGUGUCUUCAUGCAUGGGACAGAGACUUUGGGUGUGUACGGGAGCUAGCUGAGUAAUAGGGGCCUGUCUUACUGUUGCAGUGAUGAUAUACCCCUGAUCCAGGUGUAUACCAUGUUGCUGACACCAGGGAAGUCACCAGUGACAGCAAUAGUAGAAAUGUUGGUGAAAGGACUCCACAUUUCUUAAUUCAAACUGCCUUUUACUGCUUAACUUUCUAUUGUAGCUUCUGCUGCGGCUGUAGGGUAGGAUGGGCUCUGUCUGUCUGUAAAGCUUUUCUAUCCUCCACCAUGACUGUCACAAAGCACAAUAGAAUAGACGGUGUUUUGUUUUGUGUUUUGUCACAAUUUACCAGCAUAGGAGGACACCUUAUAUCCUUCUCUAGUUCUUGAACUAUGCUUCAGGUGUGGUGUCAAGGUAAAAGUACACUUUUUAGAGUUAUUCUAAGUGGCUGUUACAAGAACCAGUCCUCUAUGCCUGUUCUCUCUAGAGUUUAGCUCAGGGAAAAGAGUUCAGGCACUUUAGGUCAAGGCCAUUCAAAAGCUCACAGCACAAUUUCUCAGAUGUAUUCCCUGUAAUGGUAAUCACAGGAAGGCACCUGAUGAUUAAUCUGGACAGCUGAGUAUCUUCAGCUUCCAGGGAAGAUGAUAAUGAAAUUUGGCAUGAGCAUCUGCAGCUAUGCAAAGGCAGAGUAACUCGUGUGCUGUCGGAGAUUUCCAGACCAGUUCAAAUGCAAUCCACUGUGUUCCUGCAGUAGCCACUCUUGAGUUUAGCAAUGGAAAAUGCAAAUAUUUGAUUAAUGUUGUCUAUGUAGAGAUGAAAAGGUAUGCAUUUUACUUUGGGAAGAAGUGCAGUGUAGACCCAUUUCAUCUCUGUUCUGAAAUCCAUUAGAUCUAGAUUAAGCCAGAUCAGGUUAAUGUAAAAGAAACAACAUCCUCCUCCUUGUGCUUUGUACUGGGGAUAAUCAGUGUCUUAUGGGAUAACUAAGCCACCUCUGUGCAGAACCUAGAAACACUUGAUCUCCUCUCACUUCUGCACCAUGUGCUCCAGCUCCUGGAAAUGAGGAGAUGUAGCCACCCCAGAGUGACGCUGAGCAUGUGCCAGGAAGUAUCUCUGAGGCUGAGCCUGAUUGCUACAUUGCCUCUCACCUAGGAUUUGGCUUAAGUGGGGAGGGCUCAGCAGAGAGGCAGUGCAGACAUGCCUCUAGGGUCUCUUCCUAAUCACUUACCUCCCAUGAAUACUUUAUUGAACCCUUGCUUCAUAUAGUGUACAGUCUGUAUUACACUAUUUUGCACACUACUUUCACACCUCUUAUGGGACUGAGGAAUCAAGGAAUUAGCGGGAAAACUUGAGAAAAUCAUUCCCCUGGUGCUACUUUUCUUUAGAAAAGGGAGCAGUUGGAACAGACCUAUUGGAUGUUCUAGAGCAGAGAAUUGGGUAUCUGCAAGUUCUUCAUAUUCAGUGUUUUCUUCAUAAAGCUAGAGGUGGAGAGAACUUUCUCUUAGGCAGAAAUUUAGACUGUGUGCAUUUUCCAUUGCUGCAGACACAAAAGCCAGAUUCAUUCUAGCUGUUACACCACUGAAGUUAAUGGAAUCACAUCAAGGGUGAACUUGAUCCAAAACUGUAUGCUUUGUUAAUUACCCAGAACAGCUCUUCCACUAUUUACUUUUAAAACUAUAAAUGUGUUUGUAUGCAUAUUAAAUAGAAAUCACUAAUGCUCACCGAACACACUUGAAGAUGGCAAUGCUUCUAGAAAUAGCGGUAUGUGCAGCUAACAUUCAAGGGAAGUAUUAAUCACUUGAUAACCUUCUGUAUGACCAAGUGAACUACUGUAUUCUCUAGGUUUGGAUCCUGGUACUUAUCUUCAUAGCAGUCCAUACAAUGUUAGCGAAAAUGGCCUCACAGCCAGAUGGCCAACACUUCUAAUGCCAUGUGUCUUUUGUAUUGGAUCAUGUGGACUUCUGGAACUGAAGAGUUAAAGUUCAAUGUAUAGAUCAGGGACUGUCAACCUUUAACAAGCCAUGGGUCAGAACAACCCAGCUCCUGUCAUAAGAACAUGAGAACUGCCGUUUACUGGUCAGACCAUAGGUCUGUCUUGCCCAGUAUCCUGUGUUUUACAUAGUGGCAGGGAGUGGAUGCUAAAAGGAAGAGUGAACAGGGUAUGACCUGGGUUCUUUCCACUGUUCCUUUCCCACAUGCAUCAUCCAGCAUUUAAGGUCUAGGAAAUUCUGAUUCAGAGGCUGUACCUCUAAUUUCCAUGGUUCAACAUGGGUCAGGUGGCUUUCAUGGCAUAUCAGCAGCCAAGGGGAGGGGCAGGUCUUUCCCUAAGCUCCCACCAGAGCCACACACUGCAGCCUCGGGGAGGAGGGAGAAGGGGGAUAGGGGCAAGUGGCAGCAGUGUGGGUGUAGCUCCCUGCUCCUAGGCUUGUCCCAGGUCACCUCUGGCUGGAAGCUGUGCCUCUGCUGCAACCUUGGGGAAGGGGGUAGAGAGAAGUGGCAGAAGUGUGGGUGCAGCUUCCAGCUCCCUAACUCUGAUACAGCUCCUCACUGCUCAACCUCAGUAUGGGCAAAAGCACAGGCAAAGCCCUAAGACUGUGGCCUGGAUGUUGCCAAUCUCCAAGUUAGACAGUGUUAGGGGGAAGCAGUGGUUUGGAGAUUGUACUAGUUUGUGCUCUAAAUGUGUGGGAUUAUGCAGAGUGAGGGAAGAAAUUCUCUCACAUUGCAUUGGGGUCCCAUUAUGUGAAGUGGAUUGUAUGGAUCCAUGGACCAUUUGUUUUACAGUACAUUUGGGUUUGUAAUGUUUAUCCAGAACAUGACUGCUUGACUGUAGUUCUGUAAUCUCACCUGUGUUAUAUUCCUGUAAUAAAGUGCACUGCAAUGCAUCUCUAAACUUUGCACCAAAGAUUAAAAUAUUGUAUUGUACACUA